AUGAAAUACGCCCUUUUGGAAGACGAUAAAAAGCAAGAAAUCACACACUCUGAAGAUCCCCAAAAGUCAAAAAUCCCAGCCAUCAAUCUGAAAAUAUCCGAAAACUACAGCAUUAUACUGCAAGAAAUCUCCCGACAAUUCCCAAGAACCGUCAACACCUUCAGAAAUAACUUUAUCCAAAUCUCGCCAUAUGCCAAAGAAGAAAGAGAUAAGAUUCUCACCCUCCUAGAUGAAAAGAAUCAAGAAUAUGUUCUCUCUGAAUCUUUUGAAGACCGCCCACUUAAAAUCAUCAUCAAGGGACUCCCAGUCAACAUAGAAAGUAGUGUCAUUAAUGAAGAACUUAGAGAAAGGAAUUUCCACCCAUUAAGAAUCUCCCAGCUGAGAAAUUAUCGUGAGAAAACCCUCUACCCAAUUUUCUUGGUUGAACUAAAAAGGACUGAAUCUGUUCAAGAUAUCUACAACCUGAAAUCAAUAGCUUUUCUAAAGAUCAGAAUUGAAACCUACAGAAAAAGAAACAAAGCCAAGAUGUGCUACAACUGUGCUGGUUUUUAUCAUAGUGCAAGAAACUGUAAAUGCACUCCCAGAUGCAUCAAAUGCAACGGCAAGCACCCUACAAAUAGAUGUGACAUAAAAGAAAAGAUAGAAGAACCUGUUUGUAUCAACUGCCACCAAGCGGGACACCUCGCCUCUUGGCGUGGAUGCAAAUCCUACUCAGUGACCAAAAUUAAUCCGGAGCUAAGAAAAUCCUACGCAGAUACUGCAAAAAACAAGUUCAGUAAUCAUCAAUCGAUCGCUCCUGACCCACCCAAACAAGGAAACCCAACCACCCCUGAGAACAUGCCUAUUCAAGAUCUCUUGGAUUCCCUAAGAGAAAUCAAGUCUAUGCUGGCGGAAUUUCCAGGCCUUCUCAAUGCGGCGAAAAAGAUCAAAGUGGCUAAGACAAAAGAAGAAAAGAAACUUAUCUUAGUUAAUGCUCUGUUAGAAUAA